AUGGCGUUGCCUCAGUUUCCUCUGCCUUGCCUUCUCCACUUUGUUCCACUAUUUCUGGCGGGCAUCGCUUUUGCCAGCGGCGACAGCCAUUUGUGCUUAGACGCUCUGGGAGGGGGUGUCUCGUUUCUGCAAGCCUCCAAGAAGCUGUGGGCAGCACCUACCUCAACUUCCUCGUUGAGCACCGAUAGCCCCGCGAACAUCACGAAUGCUUCGAGCGAGUCAAGCGUGGCAGCACCUACCUCAACUUCCUCGUUGAGCACCGAUAGCCCCGCGAAUGUCACGAAUGCUUCGAGCCAGUCAAGCGAGGCAGCACCUACCGCAACUUCCUCGUUGAGCACCGAAAGCCUCGGGAACGUCACGAAUGCUUCGAGCGAGUCAAACGAGGGCAACGUCAGCAACGUCAGCACCGACAUGAAAGUGCCAGUCGACAUCACUGAAGGAGUCAAUUUCUCCGAAAUUGAGGACUUCGGCGGCGAGGUGCAGAGUGAGACGCCCAGCGCGCCAUACAGCGAGACCAACAGCACUCAGGAGGCAGAACCGAUACCACUCAUCCAGCCCGUCAAAGAUGCAGUGCCAUUGCCAGACCUGGAUGCUGAGAAUUUGACCGGAGACUUGCGCGACUGCAUCAUGGGGUCUUGGAGUGAGUGGAGUGAGUGUCGUAAGGCGGCGAAGAAAGGAGGGUCCGGACUGAAAGGGCCCCAUCAAAUCCGGCAGCGCGAGAUCAUCCAACCCUGGCUUCCAAAUGGAGCGCCCUGUGGAUCGCAAUCCGAAGCCCGGGAGUGCGAGGUGGAACACCACCCUUGA